UGUUUUGUAAUAGCAGUCAUCUUUUAUGUAUGUACAGAUUAUAUAAAACCUUUACAUUUAUUGCUUCCUCUGUAGCAAAUUUGUGAAGAAGCUUGAAACAAAUGACCUAGAAUAUUGUCCAGCCACAUUUGUCAAGAUCCAUUUUUCAAAACAUUUUUAUCGUUGCACUGACAAGUUCCUUGUGUAUAGACAGGUUUUGGGUGAGAAGCCAUUUCCUGAUUUAUGAGAACCAACACAAACCUGACUCCCUUUAUUGGUCCAUUUUCUUGUUUUUUCCUAUUUUAAAGAGUAGCAAAUGCAAGUUGGCUUCUGGAGGAAGCUAUUUUUAUGGAUCAGAGACAUAUGAAAUUUGGGAAGCAAAUUAAAAGUUCUGUACUACUCUGAUCAGCUUAUAUGAGAAAAGUGUUUAAUAACAUAACCUCAGUUAUGUGUUAAAAGUACCAGUAAGUUUGAUGUGGCCCUGAGUGAUUUGGUUAAAAAACAAACUUUUUAACAUAAUUUUGCCCAUUGAAUAACUGUACCUUUUUAUUAAAGGCUGAAUUUAAAUUGCAUUUAUUUUCAGAGUAAGAGCUUGAAAUCACAAUAAAACUUAUAUCUUGGAGUUUUUAGCAUAUUUUUAGGGCUACUAAAAAAUUUUGAGGGUGCAUACAAAUAUGUUCUUUUUUCUGUAUUUGACCAUUUUAUUUAAUCCAUAAUAGCUGUUGCUAUUAUGGAUUGAAGCCUUGGCUUCAACAUGUCUAACACUAGUAAACAGUAAACUUUGUUUGCAUUUGGCAGUGAUUAAUGAAUGUUGGGCAUUGACAGUGGAGCAACUGUUUAAACAGUCACUGUUAUAUUGGUAGCAGAUGCUCCUGCUUGCAUCAUUCUAUGUUAUUUUAAUUAUCUCAUAACAGAAAAUAUUCAAUCUCAGGAAGAAGUCUGUGUGUACAUAAACACACUCCAUUGUUCAAAUCACACAGGUGGCCAAAGAAAACAAAUUGCUUGCAUGAAAGCAACUGCCUAUUACUUUGUCACUUCAAACUGCACAAAGCUUUGGAUUUUGGCAUCAAUAGGAACAGUCUGAGUUAUUUAGUGGGAAACUUAACUAUUUCUUUCUUUGCAGUGAGCAGAAAACAGGACUGACUGCUCCCUUGCUUUGUAGUGUUUACUGUGAUCUACGUCUUAGUUUAUUGACAUCAGUGUAAAACGGCUUGUAAAUGUAACACCAAGUGAAAGUGUGAAACAUACAUCUGCCUAAAGCAGGGUUGUUUGACGCCUCAAACUCUUUGGCUUCCUUGUUUAUACUAACCAUUGCAAAUGUUUGUGAAAUGAAUACUGAGUUAAACUCUGCUCAGAAGCCCCACCAAGUGGACAAAAUAUUUACUACUCCGUCUUUUGUGAAGAAGUCAAAAUCUAUUUUCUUAUAGGAUAAGUGUUUUUACCCUUUCACUUCAUAUUUUGUCAUGUUACAUUUGCAAGCUUCUAGGAAAUUUUGUUACAGGCCCACACAAUGUGUUGUGUAAUACUAAAAUGGAAGAAACAUUACACAUCGUAGCUGCAAUGGAUUAGAAAUGCAUGCCAAACUGUGCAGAUUUUUUUUUAAUGAUUUUUUUUACAUGUAUUUACAUAAUCAAACCUGCAGAUAUAAAUAACUCUGACUUAUAGCAGAAUGUUUUGUCUUCUUUUUUGGUGAGAGGACAAAACAUUUCUUAAAAUGUCCUUUUUUUCCAGGCUUGAGUUUCAUAUCUGUGGCAAGACGAGAGUCAAGCGAAGAACUGGUUGAGACGAUGGUCUGGAUUGUUUGGCUGUGUGAUUUGUGUCAGUCAAGCCUCUAAAUAAUCACUGAUUCAGUUAGAAGUUCAGACAAUAGAAAAAAUGUGUAGUAUCAGGAAUUUCCAAAUGAUUUCACAGUUAUUUCUUGCAUGCACCAGCAAAGGUGUUAGUGAACUUGAACAUAUCAGCCAUCUACCCACAAAGUUUCCGUUUGAACUGGUUCACAGGUUGACUAUAAAAGGUGGUGCUGGAGAUCUAAAAGCCAUUUGCUUUAUUCCUUCCUUCUCUGCUAUCAUGAUACAUACAGGCGCCAUCAUUUGCAUCCUUCUGCUGGUCCCCCUCCCUGGCGCCUCUGGGAGCAGCAUAGUUGGAGGCAAAGUUUCCAAGCCCCACUCCAAACCUUACAUGGCGUCUCUCCAGUACCAAGAAAAACAUUCAUGUGGUGGGAUACUUAUUCGGAAGGAUUUUGUCCUAACUGCAGCACACUGCAAAGCUCAAGGUGACAUGACGGUGGUUCUUGGAGCACAUGAUCUCAGAAAGAAGGAGAAAAGUCAGCAAAGGAUCAAAGUGGCAAAGUUCUGUCCACAUUCAAGCUUCAGUGGAAAAUUUGAUUUUGACAUCAUGCUGCUUAAGUUACAAAAUAAUGCCACAAAGAAUAAGUACGUGAAGCCUCUGGACCUGCCCAAGAAAGCCAAAAGCGUCUCUGACAAACUCAAAUGUCUUGUUGCUGGCUGGGGAAAAACUGGACCCAGUGAGCCGGAUUCAAAGGUUCUGAAAGAAGGGACAGAAAGGACUCUGCCCAUCACUGACUGUGAAAAAAUUUGGGGAGACCAUUUCAAAUCACAGCAAAUGAUUUGCACCACAUUUAACAAGAAGGACGGAGGAAUAUGUCAGGGUGAUUCUGGUGGACCUCUAAUUUGCAAAAAAAAGCUGCAAGGCAUAACUGCUUUUACUGCUAGCGGUCAUUGUGAUAAUACACUGUAUCCUCAUGUCUUCACGAACAUUAGUUACUUUUUACCGUGGAUCAAGAAAAUGAUGCAGACUAAAUCAUUAUGCUGAACAUGUCUUUACUUGUGCAUUGUUUAUGAAUUGUAGAAAUGAUAAUAGCAUGAAAAUGUUUUCAAUUGCCUGUAUUUUCUAAAUUUACAAUAAAAAAUACACUUAUUAGUUA